CAUAAAUUAGCCCAUCAUGCUUUUGAAAUCAGGACUAUUCUUCACUUUGUGUCUGUUUACCCUCCAAGCAAGUCGAAUCAAAGACCUACAUGACCACGGCUUUUCUGGACUCAGGGAUGUGAAGUACCGACACUUUCUAGAAUCCUCCAGACCGAUCAGACACACAACAAAUGUCAGAGCGGAGCAGGACGGGCACCGGACGAAGAGGUCGCCGCUCCUCAGCACGGGGGUCAAAGUGUGUCCACAGGAGACGAUGAAAGCAGUCAUCGGCAGCCAUCGAGCAUAUUACAAGCUCAGAGUUUGUCAGGAAGCGAUAUGGGAAGCGUUUCGGAUCUUCUUGGACAGAGUCCCAAACUCGGAGGAGUACAGAGCCUGGCUUUACACCUGCCAGCAUGAAAACCUCUGCAUGGACGACCUGGCCCAGAACUUCAGCAGCUCUCAGGAACAUCUGGACAUGGUGGCCAAAAGAGUAGCAGAGCAAGCUGAAAGCGAAGGAUUUAUCGCUGGAACCACAGAGGCAGGAAUUGAUUGCACCUGGACACCCCCACUGGUUCUGCUACCGACGGAGGGUGAGGAGAUCCACGAAGACAACAACAUGAUAAAGGAGAUCUAUGAGGAGUACAUUGUCGAGUUCAGGGUCAACAUCGUGGAUCCAGUAUACAGCAAGCUGCUCAGUGACCCAGCAGCGCAUUACAAUGACAUCACACGAGAGCUCACAGAAAAGAUGGUUCGUGUGUUUGAAAAAGUUCCAGGAUUUAAAGAGAUUCGUGUUCUUGGCUUUCGAUCAGAGGAUGUGUCUGUGCGUUACGCUGUGGUCUUUAAUGGAGAAACGGAGCUCAAUGAUGAACCUGAUGGUCUUGAGGAGCCUGAGAAGGACGAGGACGUAAACGGCCCUAAACUGAAGCACAUUAUCGUAAAGGCCUUAAAACAGGAACUGUUACUACCGCUUGACCUACAGACACUCAGCUUUGAGGCUGUAACCACAGUGUAUCCAGUUGCCGAGCUCGGCAUGAACGCUGUUGAGGGCGCCGUAUCCGUGAACGACACCGCACAGGUGCUGACAGCGGACUAUACUCCAACCCCAAAUUUUCUUCCUACGGCGGCAGUCUUGGAAAACUCUUUGGAAGCAUCAACAACCAAACCAGAAACACACACCUUUGUGCCGUUCAUCCCAAUCGUCCUCCCAGAAAGCACUUCUGCCGACACCGAUGAGACUCCUUUGAUGUCAUCAGCAGAGGAGGAAUCCACAGAAGUUUCUGCCGAGCAGCCCGGUGACAUUAUAACACCAGACACGAAACUGGAAACUCUCACAGAUUAUCAAGAGGAAGCAGAGCCAGGGGUGGAGGAGAUACCAACAACUGAGCAUGAUGACGUAGAACAUGAACCAGCUGACGGGUUCACUGAGGACCAUCCAGCGCAACAGAAUGAGGACCUUCCCUUUGCAACUCCGGACUCCCAACCAGAAGAAGUAAUUACUGAUACACCUGUCGAGGCUAACCUUGACCUGCCAGGGUCUGCAGAUACCGCAGUUUCUGAGAUAUCUGUCAUAGAAGCAGGAGUCCCAGUCCCUACAACAUCACUUCACGAGGAUUUGUUCCAAGGCCUUGAACCAGAAAUGGAUGUGGAGUUUAUGCCACCACCUGUGGAGAGCGGCGAAGCCCCCCACGACAGAGAUGAGUCCAGUGGAGGGCACAAUGGAGCGACCCCGGUCUCAACAGACCUGUAUCCUGAGAACCCAAACAUUCAAGACGAUGUAGGGUCAAGUCAGAACGGGAUGGAGGCUGAAGUGACAGAGUCUCUGGAAGAAGAGAGCGGUAGCGGAUUCCCCUCAGAGUCUGACGAACGCCCGUACGAAUCCACGGCAAAGGGCAAAGAAUUAGUGGUUUUCUUUAGCUUGAGGGUCACUAACAUGCUGUUUUCUGAUGGCCUGUUCAACAAGAGCUCCCCAGAGUAUAAAUCACUGGAGAAUACCUUUCUUGAGCUGACACAGCACUCUGGGUCCAGAAACUCGCCAAACCCUGGAGCUUCCAGUAAAUCUGGGCCUGGGAGACAGAAGACGUUAGCCUCCAUACCGCUUCUGCCAUAUCUACAAUCCAAUUUGACUGGAUUUAAGCAGCUGGAAAUUCUCAACUUCAGGAACGGCAGCGUUGUGGUGAACAGCAAGAUGAAGCUGGACAAACCGGUACCUUAUAAUCUCACAGAAGCUGUUCACUGUGUGCUCGAAGACUUCUGCAGCGCGGCUUCUAAACGUCUCGACAUCGAGAUCGACAGUCGCUCGUUGGAAGUGGAACAAGCUGACCAAGCGGACCCCUGCAAGUUCCUGGCCUGCAACGAGUUUUCACGCUGCGUUGUAAACAGUUGGACAGAAGAGGCAGAGUGUUUGUGUGAUCAGGGCUACAGCACCGUGGAUGGCCUGCCGUGUCAGAGCACUUGUGCUUUGCAGCCGGAAUACUGCCUGAAUGGAGGCCAGUGUGAAAUAAUCCCAGGGCACGGAGCCACCUGCAGAUGUCCUGUAGGUAAAUACUGGCACUACCACGGAGAACGCUGCAACGAGCUGGUGGCGAUGCCACUAGACCCUCCGCUCAUUAUAACCUGCCUGGUGGGAAGCCUCUGCUUUGUUUGUGCCGUCAUCGGCAUUUUGAUAUUCAUUAACAAGAAUUGUAUAAAGACCAGAAAGGCUGUAACUUUGGUGCCCACCCUCGCUCCCUAUGCCUUUGAGAAUACUUUGAGGGUGAACCCCGUAUUUGAGAACGAUGACGGUGUUUUAACUCAAGUGUCCACAUUGCCGUACUCUUCAAGUUCCUCUUCAUCCCAAUCCCAACAGUCUGAACAGGAAUAUUUUGCCUCAAUUGAAAAUAUACAUCUGAGUAUUGAGAUCCCCAGACAACUCUACACAACAAGAUCAGAAAAGUUAGUCUCAGAAAUGGUGGACUUCCAUCAGUGUAUACCACACAAUGAGACGUGGCGACCACCAAAUGAAUACAGAACAUGCUGUCUUUUAAGGGCAUCAGAUAACGAAUGUUUUGAAGUCACAGUUCUUUGAUGGGACCUUCAGCUGACACAGUGACACAGUGCAAAAACACAAGGUAGAAAAGGCUGAUGUUGUUGUUUAACUGUACAUGGGACGCUAUGGUACGGUAGACGAGUCAAAAGGUGUUAAAAGUGUUGAGAUAAAUUGUUCAUAGUGAUCAAAGCGUCUUUUUAGACAGAGAGCUAUGGAUAUUAAAGUGGAACCCAAUAUUUAUUCUAUAUAUUGAAUGGUAG